UGACUGUGAAUCUUUUACUGUGUUCUGGGUUGACAGAAUAUAUUUUGUGGGACCCCGUGUUCGGCAUCGUUGAUUUUCCAUACCAUCUAAACGAAUAUAGCACUAUUGUACCAACCGCUCGGCAAUCUCGGCUCGCAUUGAAUAUUGUUAGCACUUGUCCAGCUCGCCGUGUGCUCGGGUUUCAUCUUGCUUAACCGUAGCCGACGUAAUGGUCGGUGCCGAGCAGCCGAAGCGUCGAUCCAGCCCCGGAUUUGUAAGCAAAGCAGACUAACUACCUUACCUUGUCUCUCAUUUGCUUCAUUCUUCACUCUUUCACGUCGGAUUGUCUCAUCAUUCUUUGGUCAAUUGAACAAAAGAUGACCCGGUCAAUUCUGAUCACAGGGGUUUCGGGUUACAUAGGCGGUGCCAUUGUGGCCGAAGUCCUCGAAGCCCAGCAGAACAACGACUUGUCGGGCUGGCACAUUGCAGGGCUCGUGCGUUCAGAGGCCCAGGCAGCCAAGAUCCGCUCGCUGUCUCCAGUCGAACCGAUCGUCGUUUCGGAUUUUGAUGAGCUGGACAAGCUUGAGAAAAUUGCCCAAGGAUUCGAUGUCAUCAUUCAUGCCGGAGCAGGUUGGCACACGGCCUCGGCGAGGGCAUUCCUGAGGGGACUCGCCAUCGGAAAACGCAAUCGGGCAGGGCAUCGCCAUCCCCACUACAUUCAGAUCUCUGGAACCUCUAACUUAAGCGACCGGCCCCACUCGGCGAAUUUCAUCGAAGAUCACAUCUUCUCCGACGCGGAGGAUGAUAUCUUCGCCUACGAAAAGGCGCGAGAGGCGCGGGAGGUGUACUACCAGCGCACCACGGAUAUUGCCGUGGUGGAACUGGGCGAAGAGCUGGGGAUUCCCACGCACAUCGUGAUGGCCCCGACCAUCUUCGGGCUGUCUAAGGGCUGGUUCAACCGAUUCUCCGUGCAGCUGCCCGCCAUCAUUGCCGAUGCGGUGACGACGGGCCAGGUGAAGGUUUUGGGCGAUGGCCAGACCGUCUGGACCCACGUGCACAUCGACGAUCUGGCCCGCUUCUUUGUGGUUCUGCUUCAACACAUCGCCGACGAGGACCGUAGCAAGGAGAUCCCCUCUGGCCGACGAGGCAUCUAUUUUUGCGAGUCCGGCCAACACACCCACCGCGAGUUCUCGCAGCGCUUGGCCGAUGCGGGGGUGGAGCUGGGGAUAUUCCAAUCGGCGGAGCUUGCCAGUGUCUCGGUGCAGGAGGCUGCCGAUGCAUGGGCCGGGGGGAAUGCAGCUCGGGUCGAGCUGUCAUUUGGUGCAAAUGCUCGUUGCAAAGCCGUCCUUGCCAGACAGCUUGGCUGGAUUCCCAAGCAUGAGAAGAAAUGGGCGGAAACCUUCCAUAUCGAACUCCAGGAGUAUGUCGAGCGACCUCCCGACCCUAAGACCCUACCUUUGGUGAUGCAGAAGAAGAAGACCUCCACCUGAUCGAUGGCG